UUAAUUGAUCACGCGGAGAUGUCACGCGGUUUAGUGCACACUGCGCAUUUGAUUUGUGACCGACGCUAGUUGAGGUUGUGUUUGAGUACUUAUAUAAAUUCGGGCGAAAUAACGUUUUACUCCUGCUCGUCGUAUAAUGCUGACUGUAGACUUUGAUAUCUUCGAUAUGUGAAAAUGAUUUGAGCGCCAGUCAUGGAAAAUAUGGUUUUCAAUGAAACAGAGACGUGCCAUGUCAUGGAUACAUCUGUUACAAAUGUAUUCAUUCCGUUGUGUGUAUGCGUGUUAAUAGGCAUUGUUACAUAUCUGGCUCACAUAUGUUUCCAAAAACGUUUCAGAAUACAUCAUAUAGAAGGAAAAAAAACAAUUCACCACAAAAGCACAUAUCAGACUGAAUUAUAUGAACGUAUAGAUGCCUCUGUUAAAGAUAUUUCUGCUGAACUAAAACCAACGAUUAAUCGAAGCACUGAAAUUGAAAGUCUUUCAAGCAUCAUUGCUGACGAAAACUUUAGUGGCUGUUUUAAAGAAAAAACUAUUUAUACCAGGCAGAAAAUCGAAAACAACGAACUAGCAUUAAAUGAAAAUCAACACGAUUCUCCUACUGAAAUUGUGUCCGCAAUUGAGACACAUGCAUUCAUGAGUAGCGAAAUCAAGACCUUUGAAGCCAAUCUGUCUGCGCACAUUGAGAAAUCCGAAAUAGUUACCCGACGUACAAUCGAAGACACAGAAAUGGCAUUGAAAGAAAAUCAACAAGAUUGUACUACCGAAAUUGUGUCACAAAUUGGGAAACAGACAUCAUCUCUGAGUAGCGCAAUGAACUCGUCUGAAAACAAUCUGUCUGCGCACAUUGAGAAAUCCGAAAUAGUUACCCGACGUACAAUCGAAGAAACAGAAAUGGCAUUGAAAGAAAAUCAACAAGAUUGUACUACGGAAAUUGUGUCACAAAUUGGGAAACAGACAUCAUCUCUGAGUAGCGCAAUGAACUCGUCUGAAAACAAUCUGUCUGCGCACAUUGAGAAAUCCGAAAUAGUUACCCGACGUACAAUCGAAGACACAGAAAUGGCAUUGAAAGAAAAUCAACAAGAUUGUACUACGGAAAUUGUGUCACAAAUUGGGAAACAGACAUCAUCUCUGAGUAGCGCAAUGAACUCGUCGGAAAACAAUCUGUCUGCGCACAUUGAGAAAUCCGAAAUAGUUACCCGACGUACAAUCGAAGACACAGAAAUGGCAUUGAAAGAAAAUCAACAAGAUUGUACUACGGAAAUUGUGUCACAAAUUGGGAAACAGACAUCAUCUCUAAGUAGCGCAAUGAACUCGUCUGAAAACAAUCUGUCUGCGCACAUUGAGAAAUCCGAAAUAGUUACCCGACGUACAAUCGAAGACACAGAAAUGGCAUUGAAAGAAAAUCAACAAGAUUGUACUACGGAAAUUGUGUCACAAAUUGGGAAACAGACAUCAUCUCUGAGUAGCGCAAUGAACUCGUCUGAAAACAAUAUGUCUGCGCACAUUGAGAAAUCCGAAAUAGUUACCCGGCGUACAAUCGAAGACACAGAAAUGGCAUUGAAAGAAAAUCAACAAGAUUGUACUACGGAAAUUGUGUCACAAAUUGGGAAACAUACAUCAUUUCUGAGUAGCGAAAUGAAAUCGUCUGAAAACAAUCUGUCUGCGCUCAUUGAGAAAUUCGCAAUAGAUACCCGACGUACAAUCGAAGACACAGAAAUGGCAUUGACAGAAAAUCAUCAAGAUUGUACAACCGAAAUUGUGUCACAAAUUGGGAAACAUACAUCAUUUCUGAGUAGCGAAAUGAAAUCGUCUGAAAACAAUCUGUCUGCGCUCAUUGAGAAAUUCGCAAUAGAUACCCGACGUACACCGGACCAGGACGAGUACCUAAAAAAAUGCCAGGAUUUUCGCGACCGGUUGAUACAGUUCUAUACGACGACGAAGAACACUGUGUCUGUUUCACCACUAAGUGAGGGUCGUGACAAACCCAUCUCGGAUGUCUUUGUGCAACCGAAAUUGAGCCACGUUACAAUAGAGAAAGAUGGAUCUAGAAAGAAAACGGGAAACCCGGUUAACCAAUACAAAGCCUUAUUUUAUAUAGACGAAAAGCUAAGUAGCCGUGUAUUUGUUCAAGGAGAACCGGGGAUGGGGAAAACUACAUUCCUCACUAAACUGGCUCUUGACUGGUGUGAUGCAGUGUCUGAGCACAAUCCUGAUCACAGGCCUACAUUUAGUGAUGUCGAAACAUUGAAGGAAUUCCGGUUUCUCUUUCAAAUAUCACUACGAGAUGCAAGGGACCAACGGGAGGUUAUAGAGAUGAUUAAAACACAAAUUAUCGACAUGAUAUACCCUGGUGAAGUAAAACGUGAAGAGACCGUUAAGCUUUUACCACAUAUCCUAGAACUAGAGACAUACAUCGUUUCUAUGGAUGGGCUUAAUGAAUGGGUUGAUCGUUUAAAUCGAUUUGUUAUACCGUUACUUGCGCAAUGGCAUUCAAAGUGUGUGUCCAUUAUUACAUCACGGCCAUGGAAAAUGGCGGAUGGGCGAAUCAAAGAUUCUGAAAUAAAAAAAUUAAUAGAAGUUGAAGGAAUAAUUGAUACAGAAGAACUAGCAAAUAAAAUUAUAAACAGUCUUCAAACUGGUAAUGUGAAGACAACCCCUGAAUUCAUGAAGUACGUGAACGAACGUCAAUUUGGGAAUUUGUUGAAGUCACCCUGGCUGCAAACUCUGUUAGUCAAUUGUUGGAUGAACAAGACGGAAUUGAGUGGCUCCUUGUGUGAAAUAAAUUGUAUUUUACUAGACACACUUUUUAAAAAUGCACGUGCGAAAAAGGGAUAUUUUCAAAAAGGAAAUUCGUUUCAGUGUUUAACAAAUACAAGUUUUAUUCAGCGGCAGAUCAAUAUUUUUGAUGCACUUGCGAAUGUUGCAUUUAAAUUUACGUUUUCAUCGAGUAAAUCUCCAGUGUUCACCGAACGGGGAGUAUUAAAUCACAUGUCAAAAAAGCAGUUGAAAUUUUGUCUUCAUGCUGGUGUUUUUACGAAAAGAUACAGCUCCAAUAUAGCAAGUCAGAAUGCACAGUUUUCAUUUUUACACGAGACUUUACAGGAAUUUAUGACUGCCUAUCAUAUCGCAAAUUCCAAGCAGGACCUUAUAAAACAGUUUCGAACCGGAUCUAAAUAUAAUGUUUUAGAGAUGAGCCAGACCAUAAUUUAUCUAUGUGGACUCGACUGUAAAAAAGCUAAUACUCUUAUUAAUUGUCUGGUUGACGACGAGUUCAUCAAAGCCAUAAGCCACGGACUGAGCAUGUACAUUAUGGGAUAUUAUAAUCAGGAAAACUUAUUAGCAUUUCAGGGCGAUAAUGGGACAAGAAGGAACGUUUUAAAAUCAAAUAAUGAUAACAUUGAUUACGACGCACGUUGCUUCGCACUAUCAGUCUUGUUCCAGCGCAUGAUCAUUGCUGGAUGCAUAGAAGCAACUGCCAGCGGUGAAAAGGAAAUUUGCUUGAAUUGUAGAGACUUCAUAUUCAAUCAGAAUCUUUCUGAGUCCGAUUCAAAUGCGUUAGAACUGCUUUUAUUGUACAACUGUGCAGAUGUGCGGUCACUUGUUGUAGAAAAUAAUUGUCUACAACUUAGCGAAAUAUUGACAGUCAUACUCAAAUCCAAACAUUGUCUUACACGUGUUAAGAUAACAAUGACACCGGAAAUAAGUAAAGCAAUACAUCAUACGAGCAUACAGGAGCUGAACUGUAUCGGACAAUUUGACGUAUCAUCAUGCUCCUAUGUUCUGCCGUCCCUGUCUCAAUUAACAUAUUUGAGAAUAGAAGACACAAGCUUUUUGCAAGAAAUAUCUCUUCCUGAAACAAUACAAAACAUUGUCUUGUCGAAAUGCGAAUGUUCAUCUGAGUGGCUGUGCACCUUGUUGAUCACGCUCUCUUCAUUAGAUCAUCCUGUCAAGUGUGAGCUGUGGGAUGUUGUAUUGCAGUUAAGUGAAGACAUCCGUGGAGAUGAAGCGCAUACACAUAUAUCGGACUUGCGAUCUGAAAUACUGUCACAUGACCUGUCAAACAUUGAGAUAUUAGUGAACCAUGGCAGUGCGGAACUGUUUGAACUAUUACGUGAUACUAUGUAUAAGUCUGCCGGAAGGCGAGUGUUCAUCAGAGUGGCUGCGCAGCUUGUUGAUCACGCUCUCUUCAUUAGAUCAUCCUGUCACGUGUGA